AUGGGCUGGGCAGGUGCACUGCGCGCUGGGCUCUGCCUUCUGGCUUGGAUUCCGCUUGAGGCCAAGCUGCAGGUAGCACAGCUUCAACUUGGAGGAGUCCAGAGGUGGGGCUUCAUGUCGAAGUUCGGCUAUGCUCCGGGCAAUGGCACCUACCGUCUCCGAGUGCGUGUGCCCUCGCAGACCAGGAGGCCUGACGGCAACAUUACCCUCCGCUUUGAAAGCUAUCUCGAUGAGGACUGGAACGAGGUCCUCCAGAUCGAGGACCCUUGCUUGCGGACGCGAAAAUCUCGGAAGACCUGGAACUUGAACGUUCCCGCCGACGGCCAGUGGAGUGAUCCCUGGAAUGGACAAGUGCGGAACACGGUGAGGUCGCACGUUUGGUACUUCGUGCUGCUCCACUGUGGGGAGAAGCUGAAGGACCACAGUGUCCGCUUCGAGUACGAGAUGCGGCACCUGAACGAGGGAGACUCUCAUUUCACCAUCGAGAAGCAAUGGACGCUCCCAGCGAACGUUCUGUCGCUGCUCUGCUUCCUGGCCUUUUCCACUUUCUUCGCUCGGAGGUGCAUCAGUGAGAUGCGCGGAGUGGGCAGGCUCCACCCUGUGAUCCAAGGCCUGGUGGCCGUGGUCGGCCUGGAGCUCCUGGCACAGUCCCUGCAUGCUCUGCACCUUUGGAGAUAUGGCUACGAUGGAAAGGGGCUUCGGCUGCUUGAGAUCGUGGCGGAGCUCCUGUUUGUCCUGUCUCAGCUGGUGCAGUCCACGCUUCUGCUCCUCAUAGGGUACGGAUACACUUUGCUGCCUGUGGACAUUGCCCCAGACAUGGUGGUGUUGGCCUUCGGUAUCGGGGCUGCUCUCCACAUCCUCCUGGUGCUUCUGAUCAAAGGGGAGGAUGACGCUGACAAGUUCCACGACUACGAGAGCCUUGCUGGGAAGAUCUUGCUGGCUCUCCGACUGAUGCUCUUUGUGGGCUUCCUGUGGGCGCUCAGCGGAACGAUGCAGGGAGCCCCUUUCAGGAUCCGACGUUUCCUCACGAAGUUCGGUUUCAUCGGCACGCUCUACUUUGUCGGUCCACCCAUUGUGGUGCUACUGGUGUCCUUCUUUGCUCCGUAUUGGCGGCCUCCUAUAUUGACCAGCUGCCUGAUGUUGCUGCAGAUCAGCACUGCCUGGUGGCUGAACCACCUCUUCUUAUCCAGGGGGGAGUUCUUCGAGGUUUCGGAGCUGAAUUCCUCGUCUCUUCCGGGGGGUACUCCCCGAAGCAAAUCGCCCCGCAGUUCCCCUCGCUACGAUCGAGACAAGCAUGACUAG